AUGUUUGCAUCAACAGCGGCGUUGCUUCCUCUAGUGUUUGCGUUCCUGCCUGCGGGAUGCAGCGCGGGGAGACCUCUUGCACGCAGCGGCGCAGAGGGAUACAGCCUGGGUGAGGAAAUUCCAAUCACCGACGGAUUAGGGAAACUUCAAUGGGUCCCAUUCGUGACAUGCAGCGAGACGACAAGACCCUUGUCCAUACAUUACGGGGUCUCCGAAACCAUAACUUGUACCCUCGCUUCUCUAUCCGACUCUCUCUACCACCUGCUGGAGUUCUACGUCCACUCCGAUGUGCCCAUGACUUGCCGCGUACCAACCGCACCUUUACGACCCUCCAAUACCGCGCCGAAAGACCAUGCGAAUCCCGAUGCCGAGGCCGGCGAGGCCAGUACACUCACUGCGUUGAAAGAAAACGGCCCGCCUUUCACACCCGUCACCAUUGCGCUGCAGGGAACACUGCAGCUCAGCCAUCUGCACAUUUGGACGGAUAUGAACAUGCUGAUGCAUAGCAUUCCCUCGGAUCCUGCGGCGCAGUCGCGCAAGGGAAGAAAGAAUGGACUGUCUGGCCAGUCUGGAUACGCCGUGGCAGGCACAGCUUACUCCACGCCCGAGUUCGAGGCCUCCCCCAAGAAGGCCUCCUCGGACAAGAAUGAGACGGCUGUACAAAUUGCCCAAGCUGCGCGGGAGCCUUGGACGGCAGGCCACGGGACCAAGGUCAUUCGCGGGGAGCCGCUUACGUUCUCUUUCCAUAUUGCGUGGAUUGAAGGUGGCGCGGGCAUUGGGUGGCCGGAACGUCCAGCUUCAAAGUCCUUUUUGGAGCUGAGUGGAGCUGGACGCAGUAGCUCCGCGGCUGGCUCGAUUCUAUCGCGCAUGUUCUUCUUUGUGCUGGCCGCCUCGCUGGGGGCCAUGGCGGCACUCUACUGGGAGCGCAAUGGUGACCGGCUGCGCGGUCGUUCAGGGUGGCGUGGAGAUGGAAUUCUGGGAGCUCCCAUGGCGAAAGGCAAGGGAUCUGGGAUCACGUUUGGCAACGGCGGACGGAUGAAUGGGUAUGGAGGGUACUCUGCUGGACCGUCCAACGGAGUCGUUACAAGCGGGGGUGGAGGAGGUUCCGGAUAUGGAGGGUUUACCACAGGGAAGAGGGACUGA